CGAGUGCUGUUUACUGCGCAUGAUUGCUUACACUUCCUGGUAGCUGAAGUCAAUAAUAAUGAGGUUCUUCGUAUACACUACACAACACUGUCGAGCUACGACAAGGGCGCUAUUGUCACACAUGUAUUUAACAGGGAGAGUCUUUGAUUUCUUCUGUCAGACUGAGGUUUCGGUAAAUAUUUUGUAGGAAAGUAAAGGGAAUAGCCUCCGAGGCAGGCAAUACUCAGAUGUCUACACAUGUCCAUCCCUAGUAGAACAUUCUCACUACUUUAGCUGUCUGCAUUGGAAGUGAGGCAGUGGGUGUCCAUAAGUUGUCACGUGUUCAGAGCCAGCAAGGUGAGCCACAUUUUCCAACCAGAUAAGUUCCUGCGAGAAACCCCUCGCCUAGACGAUGGAGAUGGCUGAGGAAAACACCGACGAGCAGGUGAGGGAGCUGGCGCUGUUGCUACAGGGCGGCGACUUCUCACAGGUGGCGCUACAGGCCGUGAUGGACUGUCGUCAGCAGCAGCAGAAGGAUGACACACGGAAUGCUGGGAGGAUGCAGACCUUGCUGCUCCUCCUCACCCAUUACUGCCCGCAGACGCGGGAGGUCAAGGGGUCAUUGCAGUGGAACGUCGCACCAGUGCUUCUGCCCGACACCACACGACUGGGUCACAGGGUGACAGACGAUCGGGCCAGGUUACGUGUGGUGACGUUCCUUGGAAACGUACUGGAGCAUGCGCAGACCAAACUGAUGAUGGAGUCGCAGCAGACGGUGGUGGGUUACGUCUCCGGCGACUGGCCUCGUCUGGAGCGGGUGUUGCGGCAGGCCAUCCAUUGCACGAGAGACACGUACCCGGCUUUUCUGCAGGUGGCGCUGGCAGCGGACAGACUACUCGUGAGGUGUUUCCCCAAAAAAGCAAAGAGGUUCUUGGAGGACAUGGCUCACGCUGCCAAGAUGUUCGGGACGUCACGUGACCAUGCUGUGCUGUGGGGCUUGACGGGAAAUGCUAUGAGCCAAUAUGAAGGCACAGACUGGGACGAGGCUCUUGGCCGAGUGAGAGAUUCCGUCAGCAAACUGUCAGAAGCAGAGCCUUGUGUACAUUACGCGCGCAUGCUGUUUGACCUCGGUCUUAUACACUUCCGCCUGGGUCAACAUGAUGAAGCUUAUAGGUAUCUGAGCAUGGCGAGGAACGUUUCUGAAGACACUGCCCACGGAGACGAUUCACAGGUGGUGUACUUCCCCAUCAGACUUCGCUGCUACCUGUCCAUGCCAUUAAUAUUUAAAGGUAAACUGACAGAGGCAAAGAAUUUGGUGGAAGAAGCUCUGGAGCUGUGUUCCCAGCUGACGACCUAUCAUCCAGACAGAACAACACUGCUUAACAACCUUGGUCUCAUCUACGAAGCGCAGCAGUGAGAAUCAGGACCUGGCGCUGCAUUAUUACCGACAAUCUCUGCAGGAAAGGAGAGGCCUUCCCAGCAUGCCGCCUUCAGACCUGGUUCCUUUGAUUAUCAACGUGGGCAUGCAGUACAGCAGGAGAGGACAUUA